GUUUCGUCCUUGAGGAUGGGGGUCGCGCGCUCUUUCUUCUUGGUUUCAUUAUCACCAAUUGAAUGAAAUGUUUAAAUAAAAGAUAAAAGAAAAAAGGUUUUUCAGAAGAUGGUUCGAAAUUCAAAAGAGCUCCAUUAUGAAAUAAUGAGAUAUUAGUCUCAAAGAUGUGUAAAAAUUUUAUAGAGUUGGCGACAAAAGAUGAGAUGAUAAAAGCAACUAUAACUCAUUGGGAAAUUGAUAUUGGGCAAUUGGAAAAUGCAUUAAUAAUAAUAAAGAAGAAAUAGUCAAGUAAAAGUUUGGUGGAUGCCAAAAAUGCCAUUAUAAGAGACGGCAGAACUCCAUUGAAGUACUGCCUAUUGGAGCACGGCAGAAAGGAAAACUGAAAAGGAGGGGCUUAUGCACUCAGCUGGACACAUGUUGGAAGGUGGUUGAUCCAUGUACCUCUUAUCCUUGACCAGAAUCCAAGACCAUCCUUGUAUUCCAUAUCUCUCUGAAAGUGAUCGUCUUCCAAACCAUCUAUCAGAGCUGUAUAACCCUUAUCAGAGGAUUCUCUACUAGGUUCAAUGACUUACCUAAAUUCAACUUCCUAUCAUGUGAAGACCUUCCUUAUCUGAUCUACGAAGGUUCAAUUCGAUUAGCUGAACUUUUCACUUGUACACUGGACUUUCAGACCUUGUGCAAUUGCUCAUUUACAGUAUUAAAGCCCUUGUAUACCUUUUAAGAAAACCCUAUUAAUAGUGGCACAUCAUGUUCCUACAGUGAUUCAAAGCAGAGAAUAAAUAAAAAAGAACAAAGGCGAAAUAAAGAAACCAGCAGAGGCAAGAACACCGCCAGUCUGCAGAGCAAGAGUUGGGGAGAGACCCAAAGCAGAGGGAAGGGGAAGCUUCCAAUGGCUGGGAUCGCGGCUUCCAUCUCUUGGCUGGGGAGUCAACUGUCCUGCUGCCACAACAACCUCCCAGCUCUGGCCUUGUCUCUCCUACUACUUGCUCUGCUGCUUGAUUAUGUCAAGCGGAGGAAGAGAAGCAGCCGCUGGCCGCCAGGACCCACCCCUCUGCCUUUCAUUGGGAACUUGCUACUGCUAGAUGUAAAGAACCCACACAAAUCUGUUCAAGAUGUAAGUACUGGCUGCACCAUCUCUGAGGACACUGCAUGUUACUGAAUGAUUGCAUUAGCCAAGCUCUUGGUAUUAUUUAAUUAGUUAGCCAGCUAGUUAUUACCUGUUCUUCAGCCUAAGGCUACAGGGCAGGUAGUGGCUGUACUAGAAUGCCAACCCCCUCCAAAAUAUUGCACAAUAUUCCGCUACAGUUUUUGUUCUCAUUAAUUGAUGCAGAUUGUCAAACACACACACACACACAGAGAGAGAGAGAGAGAGAGAGAUUUAAAUUUUGACACAGCCCUGCUACCAAUGUUCAAUGGCCUGCCCAGGACACUAAUACCAUUACAGUGGUGGCUUUAGUCUGAGAGAAUUGGGAUUACGGUAGUAAGGAGAACUUUCCUUUAAGUUUGGCAUUGCAUUGUUACAUUGGUCUUUUUAUGAACCAUUUUUAAAAGUCCCCAAGGGUUUCUUUGUUUACAUGCUGCAUUUUCACUCCUCCUCAGCCAAAAGGAAGCAGUCUGUAGCGUGCACAACAGCAACCCCAGUUUCUGAUCACCCCUGCCGCCUCCCAGCCACCCAGUGAGGCUCUCUACCUCUUCCCUUCCCAGAGCAAUGCAAAGAGGGCAUAGGUGGAAGCGAAGGGCUUUGCUAGCACUGCUGUUGCUGCUGCCACAGGAAAAUUAGUACAGUAUAACCUGUAUUUUUGGACUGCUUUGAAAUCUUCCCUUAAUACUCAAAAUAAUUGGCUAAAUUGUAACAUUUACUACAUUAAAGAAUUUAGGGGGAUCUGGCCGCCCCCAACAAACUCACAACAACAUAUUCUGGGGAAAUGAAUAUUUUUCUGAAACAUUUCAAGCUUGUAAUUAGUUUGUGCUUUUUGGAUUUUCCCAUGGGGAAUCUUUUUGUAUCUGCCUUCCAAUAGUGCGGAUGGCAAUACAAUGAAUUUGCCUUGCGUAAAUGCCUUUCUAAAUUUGGGGGUGACCAAGUUUGACAAAUAAUUGGGACGUGCUGGAGUCAUUUUGUUUGUCCCAAGUGUGGGAAAUACACCAUCUUGCGCUAAAUGGUUUUGUAGUUCGGUAUCUCUAAUUCUCAUUGAAAUGUUCAUUUUUGCUUUAUCAUAUCCUUGGGUGCUCCUCUCUCUCUCUCUCUCUCUCUCUCUCUCUCUCUCCCCCCACUGGGAAAACUAGUCUUUCUGUAUAUAUAUUCUGGGGAAAUGAUUAAACAUUUUUGAUUAAACACCUCAAGCCUGAAAUAUGUCUGUGCUUUCUGGAAUUUCCCAUAUAUAUUGUGCUGCAACAUUAUACCUUCCCUACUUUUAUUGUCCUUUCCUCCUGGAUAAUUUUCUCCCUUUCCUUCCUAUUGAUUAAAGCUGGAAAAAAAGUUUGGACCAGUCAUCUCUCUGCAGUUUGGAUGGCGAAAUAUGGUCAUCCUGAGUGGGUUCAAGACGAUAAAGGAGGCCCUGGGACAAAACGCUGAGAACUUUGUUGACCGAGCAGCAGUUCCACUGCUGAAUCUAAUAAACCGUGGAAAGAAUUGUGGAGGUGAGUAUAGCUGAUACCCUGAUGGACUGAAUAUGCAGUAGGAUUGUGACCCAUCUCCCCUCACAUCCAAAAGUAGCUGAAGAAGGGAGAAUUUGGAGAGGAUGGAAUACACUUUCAAGAGAUCUAGAAGCAACAGAGAAGUACACCAGUGUGCUAAUUCUGUUGUCCCACUUGCCCUUCCCAUUAAAAUGAUGGAAGAAAAGAAUCAGGAGAGUAGGAGAAACAAGCAGCAAGUGAGCAGGCCUGCAAGUGGGCCAGGAUAGCACUUCAGUGCUCCAUUGCCUGGGAGAAGAUACAUAUUCAUGUGACAUGUCAGGGAGAUUUUUGAGGAGUUCGUUCUUCUUUCAGUCAGCUGUAAACAGCUAACAGAGGUAGGGACAGGAAGGUGGACUAGAAGCGUUUGAAGAUUUAUUUGCAAGUUAAUCAUACAAGUGAGCAGGACAGCUACUACCUGCUGGCUGGCUGUCAGCACAAGAUGGCAGGCAGCAAAUGUUGUUCAGUCUCUGCCGUUGUCUAUGGACUCCCAAGGCCAGAAGAAUGGGCCAGCAAUCUAAUGCGGACACUACUAGUCUUCAUUUUUAAAAACAACAACAAACAAUAACAAAUGCAAAGAAUUAACUAGUUCUUUAGACAAAUGGUAAACUGCCAUGAACCUAUUCUACAUAAUAUAUAAAUUAAUAUUUAUUUUAAAUAAUAUAUUAUUUUACAUUAUAUGUGUAUUUAUUUUAUUUUACAAACCUCAGGAAUAGUAGUAGCAACAUGCGACAAUGGCUGGAGGGAGCAGAGGCGAUUCUUUGUCUCCCUCCUCAAGAACUUUGGGAAGGGGAAGCCAACACUUGAAGAAAGAGUGUCUGAAGAAGCUGGAUACUUGUGCUCUGAGUUCAAAUCCAAAGAAGGUACAUCUCAUUGUUGGGGACAUUAUUCCUGCUGUGGGAUCUCAUUUGAUGCAAAAACGCUAAGAGGAUUCUAUAAAGCUCAUUCCCAUCUCAAUAUCUUCUCAUAUUUCAUUUUUGAAGCAUGUAAGAUGAUGACUAAUAAUUUUGCAGCACUAUAAAGAAUGCAAAAUUUAUUAUGGCAUAUGCCUUCAAGGAUUAGUCUCCUCUUUCUGGGAUGCACUGAGUGCAAACCUAAAUGAGCAGACAAUAUAAACACACAGUGGUGGGAGGGAAUUAAGGUCAGACAAAAAGAAAAUUCAAGAAGAACAGAGAGAGAUACAUAAAAAUGCCAUGGUUCCAUUGACACUUGGCAAUGCAGUUGCUGGUGAAACACAAACUUCCUGGCAUUGGUAAGCUGGGUGACAGGUGUAGUUUGAUACACAGCUAUAAUAUCAAUUCAAGAAACAAAUGAUAAAAUUGAAUGUCUUUUUUUGCCUUCAUUUUUGCAUUUUCCAUUACAAACAUUCAUUUCUUUCACUGUGCUAUUCUAGUUCCCCCCACCAUCAGCUCUUUUGAGCCUCUAAUACAACAUCUAAUACAAUGGUAAUUAUCUAUUACAGCCAUGAAACAUCUCUAGUUAUUUCCUAUCAUAAGAGGACUUCCCAGCGUAUCUUUCCUUGACAUCCUAAAUUUCCAUUUUGUUUUGCUGCAACUCCUUGGUUUAUAUUUUCCUCCCUUUUUUAUAUACUGUACAGUGGUACCUCGGGUUAAGAACUUAAUCCAUUCCGGAGGUCCGUUCUUAACCUGAAACUGUUCUUAACCUGAAGCACCACUUUAGCUAAUGGGGCCUCCCGCUGCUGCCGUGCCGCCAGAGCACGAUUUCUGUUCUCAUCCUGAAGCAAAGUUCUUAACCCAAGGUACUAUUUCUGUGUUAGUGGAGUCUGUAACCUGAAGCAUCUGUAACCCGAGGUACCACUGUAUCUCCUUUUACCCUUUUUUGCUGAUGUUCAUAAAUCUAUCCCUGCUUGUAUAUUUAACAUUAUUCCACUCUUUUAAAAAUAUGUUUCUAGUAAUUCCCACUCACUUCUUCUUCUUCUUCUUCUUCUUCUUUUCUUAUCCAUAUUUCUUAUUGUAGCUGUCAUAUUGGCUGAUUCUAUAAAUUCUUAGUUUAAACAGCCACUAAUCUUUUGUCAGUCUUGCCUUUUCUUUUCACAUUUUCAUGUAUGCUAUUUUUGCCACUGGUGUCGCUUAGAGGAAUAGGUUGUUUGUUUUAAAUAGUUUGUUAAUUUGAAAGUAUUGAAACCAGUCACUCACAAAUUCUGAAGUUUCUUCUCUUCCUUUAAGUCCUACUUCGUCUUCUUCGAUGGUCACCAGAUCUCUAUAGGUUCCCCAUUUGUCUCCCAUAUUCAUCUUCUUGACAGCCACUGCUUCUGUCAGUGAUAUCCACAGAGGUGUUUUUCUUUCCAGGAGAUCUCUGUAUCUCCUUCAUACAUUGUACAGAUUUCUUAUUACAUGGUUGAAAAAGUCCUUGUGUGCUUUUGUUUUGCCAUAGUAUAGCUAGCUAUGCCAGCCAUUCCUUAGAUCAUGUUCUUCUAGGUCCAGGAUUCCUGUGUUUUUCAAUUCAAUCCCUUCCUUCAACCAUACUAGGUAAGCCGCCUCAUAAUACAACUUCAAGUCUGGUAGCGAAAAGCCUCCCCCCUUUUUGUCAUCAGUAAGGAUUUUAUAUUUAAUUCUGGGCUUUCCCCGCCUGCCAUGCAAAACUGGUCAGGUCCUUCUUCCAUUGAAUCUGGGGAACUUCAAAUUCUUUUCCAUGUGCCAGUAUUGACAGCAACAUGGUUAGUUCUCCUUUAGGACCUCCUCAGUUCUGGCUGCUAUGAGAAAGGAUUGGUGGAAUGUGGGGGUGAUUAGAUGCUGUGAGGUAUACAGCUGUUCAACUGUGUUAUGUGGCAAAGGAUCUCAGGAAUUAAUUUUUUUUUUUGAGGGGUGAAUAAGUAGUUCUUGGUGGCAUGUGAUUGCCACACCUUUUGGAUCUUUUUAUCUUUGUUAAUUUGUAUCUUUAAUGGAACUUUUCUGUGCUUUGUGAAUGGCGCAACAAUAUAGGAACUGCCAGUUCCAUAGGAAAGACCCACACAAUUGGCUCUGCUCACACCCAGUCCCUAGCCAUAUAGGAUUACAUUAUGGAAAAGUAGCUUCUUCGCGCUUGGGACUGUGCUUGCGGGGAACCACUGGCAGAAGGCUUUCUUUAUUGUUUAGACUUCCACAUCAACCUCCAAAAACUGCACUCCAAAAACUGCUGUACAACUUCCAUCCUUUCUGACCAUUGGCGGUGCUGAUUGGGUCUGAUAGGUGUUGAAGCCAAAGAUACUUGGAGGAAGCCACAUUGGAGAAGGCUAGCCUAAACAAUGGCUUUAGAAUGAAAAAUGGGCAAUAUACCUCUAAUCUGUUCAUUGUUCUUACAUCCCAUCAAGGUUCUCCUUUUGAUCCACAAAUCCUCACCUACAGGGCUGUUAGUAAUAUAAUCUGCACCCUAACAUUUGGUGGCCGCUUUGAAUACAGUGAUGAGAAAUUCCUGAAAAUAAUGCAUCCGCUUCAGGAGAUCUUGAAGGAAGUAACCAGAAAUUUGCCCCAGGUGCCGUCAUGCGUUUGUCUGGGUAUUAAAAGGAAACAGCAAUUUGGGGUUUGAUGGGUCAACAUAGAAAGGGACGGGACUUGUGCUUGUGUGUUUUGUGUGGUACCACAUCCUUGACUACCCUUCAAAAUAUCUCUAAAACCUGGAAUUCUUGAGGGGAAAACGGGAUAGGGGAAGAACACUAGCUAAAGACAAAUACAGGAAGAUUAAAACAUGAACAUAAGCAAUCAAAGUCAAAGGUGGUUUUUGAAAAGUAUUAGAGGCAAAAUAAACCCUUCUAUAAUACAACUUUAAAAAGAAAAUUAGAAAAACAACAAUUCCUUUAAUUAAAAAAAAUUGCCAAUAUGUUACUAAUAAGCAUAAACAAAAGGAGGAUGUCAAAAUGAUAAUAAACAAAAUAAUAAACAUAUCAGAUUACAUAAAAUGGGAGAAAGUAGCAUCCACUAGUAUUUUGACAGAUGCGGAGAACGCUCCAGCCCAUCAACCUAAUUCCGCCUAGCACGUGACCCAAACUGGCCCAUGAGGCCAUUGCUACCUGCCUGCCACCUGGUGUUUUAUGUGAUAUCAUGCAGCUACAAAUGAACAAUCAACAGCUUAAGGGAGCUUCCAAUUUUUCUUUUGCAACUGGGGCUCCCUUUCAGUGUUCAUCACCCAGACAGGCUGAGAUUGACUCCACUAGAAAGUUCUGCAUCAGGGGAAUGUGAAGCACUUCUUCCACUACCUUGACCUUGGAAGCCCUUUAGGUUUAGGGAAUAGGAUAUUUGAAGGAACUGCCUUCUCCUUCCUAUGUUAGCCUGCCUGCCUAUUGAAAUUAUCACCAGAGACCCUUGCAUAUCCUAACAUCCCCCUCCCAAUUAUGGCUAAGGAGAGGGCAUUAUAUUGUGAACUAUAGGAACAAACAAGAGUCCUUAAAUGUACCAAAUGCAGGAAUUGGAGGAGGAAUGGGAAAGAAGCCAGGGGGAAAGAAUCUCCACAUAAGCGUGAAGAAGUAGCUAGUUGGGAACUUCCUACUAGAAUGCAAUUUCCCUUCAAGUGAAAUAUCUAAGAAAUGUCUUCUGUAUCUGAAAACGUGAUGUCUCUUCCUUUUGUGAUUUCUGCUACACCAGCUUAUUGUUGCGGGAUCCUGGUUUUCCCGUUUUCCUGGACCUCAUCGUGAACUGCAGAAACGCUAUGAAGAAGUUAGCACUACCCUAAGAGAGAUUGUGAAUGAACAUAAGAAAACCAGAGAGCCCACCUUUCCAAGAGAUUUGAUUGAUGCAUUUCUGGAUGAGAUGGAUAAGGUGGGGAGACAUUUAUGGACUCAGAACCUCUGGGGCUUCUUUUCUAGCUUCUGCCUUGGGAUUGAUUACUUUUGUUUAGAAUUCGUGCCACCUAGACUAUGCCUGUACAACUGCAAGACAGCUCCCCUCCUUUGUAAGAAAGCAGAGGAAGAAAACGUCUGUGAGGAGGAAGGAAAAUGAUAGAGCCCUCCCUUCUUUCCCCUGCAGUCCACAUCUCAGUGCUGCAUGAUUCAGAGCAAUGGUCUGCGGCCAUUAAAUGGUUCAAACAUUUAGGCUUUCAAAGUUUUUUUUUCUGCUUCUGAGAGGUGAGUUCUCAGGGCAGAGUAGGAGGGCAUAGUUUCCUUUUGAAUUUGAGAGCACUGGAGUGUUGAAGUACCUGUGAUAUUUGCUUUAUUUACAAAUAUAGAAGCAGAACGUACCAGAAGCCAACAGAUACUCCUUCAGGUGAGAGCAAACCCCACAAAGCACAAAGGCUGUACCCUCAGUUUCCACAAAUGACUUCUAGAAGUGUUUCUUCACUCUGUCACAUUUCCACCUGCAAACAGUUUUGGGCUCCUUCACUCUCUUUCUGCCCAUCUGCAUGGCUGGAGGAGCUUCACUUUCUCUGCACUCAGCUUUCACCCACUUGCCAGCCUCCAGAUAUUUUGGACUUCAGUUUCAUCAGCCCUCAAGACAUGUGGAGGCUGGCAGGUUGGCGGCAACUGAUUCCAACAAUCCCUACUACAUGUGCUGCCUCAGCUUGUGUAGUGGCCAUACACAGCCCCCACAGAUACUACAUGCACCAGUUUGGAGUUCUCUGCUGGGGCUUUUUCAGGAUUUGCACGCAGAUAGAGUGAUAUCCUAACCCAGCCCUUUGUUUCUGCACUUGCUGUGUCUUGAAAUCAAUUGUGCAGGGUGGGGCUUACUUGUCGUCGUCCCCCCCAUAUUUUAUUCAAGUUGGCACCCCUGCACCCAGCACAUUUUCCAGCAGGGUCAGCAAGAGUGGUGCUCAGGGGGAGUCAAGGGCACUUCACCAAGAGCCCCCUCAGACCUUGCACUGGUGUUGCUUGCCACCAAACAACCGAAGAUGGAAUUCAGUAUGUAGUGGGACAUUCAGCCCUGCACAAUUCAGGUCUAAUUUUCCAAGAGACUUUUAGUAAUAUUGGAUGCUGAGCCAUGCAUGCACAAAGGCAUAUGUGGCCUUAGGAAUCAAGCUUGUCUUUGUGCAUGCAGUUAUGAUGCCUCUUGGCAGAUGUUAAGCAGUUGUUUCUCUGGAACUGGAGGGUGGGGUGGGAAGAGAGGGGUGAUUUCUCAGUGUAAUUAUGCCAAAACAAGAGCUAGGUUGUAUUAGAUGUUACUUCGGGGUGGGGGCUGCCAUGUUUUUCAACAGCCAUGUCUAGUUUUUGGAAAUGUCUAGUUUCCCACUGUUUCUCAAGGAACCGAGCAGCUUUUUCUCUAUUCACUUCACUUUGGUCUGAUACAUAUCUUGCAGACUAUUGAUAACAAGGGCAAAGAUCAUUAGUACACACUAUUCUCUCACAAACAUGACAUAAUAUUGUGCUUUUUCCACAUGAGUGACCAACUUGUUCCAUUUCCUUCAGGCUAAAGGGAAACCAGAGAACAGUUUUAAUGAACGAAACCUUAUCAAUAUCAUUUUUGACUUGUUUGGGGCUGGUACUGACACAGUUUCUUCCACCUUGCUCUGGGGACUGUUGAACAUGGUCGAUCACCCUGAGGUUCAGAGUAAGUGAUCAGUAUUGGAGGAAAUGCAAGACCCUGUGAGGUAUCUGUCUUUUUGAAGGCUAGAUGACAGUCCAGCAGAAUGAGCAGGAUUAGCUACAUGGGCUGUGCAGUUGCUUUAUAUCUGAUUUGGAUUCAAAAAUAACCAGGAGGAGGAGUGGCUUAAGAAAUCAGUAUAUAAAUAAUAACAGCAAGGAUAAAAUGAACCAAAGUAGAAGCAAAGCAACUGGAACCCAAGCACUUGGAAAACAAAGCUGUUUUGCCUAAUACAGUAGGAUCAUGUCUUUUAUGAGGGAUAAGUUUUGUGUUGGUAGCAUGUAAAGCCGAAAUUGCUUAUAGUCAGAACAACCUUCCGGUAACUACCACCACAUGAGAAAUUUUAUCUUCCAAGCUGGCACAGGAUCUCAUGGGGCUGUUUCAGAUCUUGCAAGAUCUUACAAAGGCCUGUACAGCUCACACAGGAGUUUCCCAGAGCCCAGUAAGCAAGGCAGAGAGCUUAAAAUGUCUCUCCAUGCCAGGUUUUCUGGCUUAGUCUACCCUCCAUCUCUGCCCACCUGAUUACUGUCAGGUCCAUCUCCUGUUCCCAGCUGAACACUACCCUUUCUUUUAUUUAACAGCAUUUGUAUACCACUUAAUUGUAAGUAAAACCUCUAGGUAGUUUACAGAGUGCUCCCCACAGUGUUGUUUGGUUUAUAUUGUAUGCUGCUGUUGAUCUAUUUGCAUCUUUCACCUUUCUCAAAGCAAAUGGUGGUGGAAUUGAAGCUAGGUUGACUAUACAACUCAGCUGUUUUUCAGCAUUUCAUAGGAUCAGAUAAAACUACCACCCACUAAAGACUGAAUCAAUAUUUGAGUUAUUUUAAGGAUAUUCAGCAGACCUUUGGUUGGAGACUCAAGUUCAAAUCUCUGCUCGGCGUUAAAAUUCAUAGUGUCCAAACCUGUUGAAACCGUAAAAAACAACAUGCUACAAUCAGCUUGGAGAAUUGGAAGGAUUAGGAUACAUAUGCAAUGCAUUAAUACUCCUAAAUUAAUAUUUCCAGAAAGGGUCCAAGAAGAAAUUGAUGAAGAGAUUGGCAGGGUACGAUCACCUGUGAUGGAAGAUCAGUUGAAACUGCCUUAUACUUGCGCUGUGAUACAUGAAAUUCAACGUUGUGCUGAUAUUUUGCCUGUUGCAGCUCCAUAUACGACACACAGAGAUACUGAGGUCGGCAAGUUCAUUAUUCCUAAGGUACAGACCCUGAAAAACACACUUGUAGAAAAGGAAACCAUUGCUGCUGCAUCAGAAUUAGGUUGAUCACUUAUAAAGAGGCAUGUGAGAGAUCUUGAUGCUCACAGUAGCAGAGGUCAAUUGAGCUGGAAUAAUAAUAAAAAUAAUAAUAACAAUAAUAAUAACAAUAACAACAAUAGUUUUAUAUAUAACUCACCCAUCUGACUGGGUUGCCCCAGCCACUCUGGGCAGCUUCCAACAUAUUUAAAAACAUUAAAUAUUUUAAAACUUCCGUAUACAGGUCUGCCUUCAGAUGUCUUCUAAAAGUUGUAUUGUUACUCAUCUUGGCUCAGGGAUCACAUGACUCCAUACCCUCCAACAUUUCCCUGAUGAAAAUAGGGACAUUCUAAAGAAAAGCCAAAUUAAGUAGGUUUCCCAGUUCAGUUCCCAAGCUGCCGCUGAUCUGGCCCUUUCCCCCCCCCCCCAACACCAGGUCACCCUCAUUGGCUUGAUCAUAUGGCUCAACCACCUGUCAGGACAUUAUGGUACUGAGCUGAAGUGCCACCUGUCAAUCCAACAAUCCAUUUUCUUCACUGCAUAGCCAGGAACAUUUCCCACCGAUAACCUCAUGAGUACAAGAAUUAGAUCUUGUAAACCAAGCAAACUUUAGAUAAAAACUCUAUUUCUUGUAGUGAUUACAUUACUCCAUGAGAGGUCCAGACUGUGGCAACACGAGAACGGGCCUUUUCUGCAGUGGCUUCUUAUUUGUGGAAUGCUCAUCCUAGGGAGGCUCACCAGGAACCUUCAUUAUAUUUAGGUACCUGGAGAAAAUGUUUCUCUUUAACUAGGCCUUAGGACAAUUAACAUUCUAUGUUCUUUUAACUGUGUUUUUGAGAGUUGGAUUACUGGUUUGGUUUGUUCUUUUAUGUAUUUUGUAUUUUUAUGUUGUGAACUGCACUGUGAUCCCAGAUGAAGGGUGGCAUACAAAUUUCAUAAAUAUAAUACAUUUAAUAAUAAUAAUUAUAAUAAUGCAUUUCAUUUUGAGAAAAAGAACUAUGAGAUAAAGCCGGCAUUGGAUUCUAAUCUCUUGGUUUCUCUGCCAUUUUAGGAGACUGUCGUCUUUAAUCAUCUGUCCUCUGUGCUAAAGGAUGAGACAAUGUGGGAGAAGCCACAUGAAUUCUACCCAGAGCACUUCCUGGAUACAAAUGGGCAGUUUGUCAAGCGAGAGGCCUUCCUACCUUUCUCUCUAGGUAAAUCCAAGAGAGGAAUGGCUGAGGUAUAAGGGGAGAGGUUGCAAGCUGUCCUGUUAUCUUCCUUUCUCUUUCCCACAUGGUAACAAGAGUAGCAGUUUUCCAUAAUCAGCUGCCUUGAAAAGAGACUCAUGUGUAGGCUCAUGUUGGCUGGCUGCAACUGAUGGGAAGAGGAACUUAAGAACAUCUGAAGGACCACAGGUUGCCCACUCUGCUUUCGUCUUCACACCCUUUUCAGUGUCACAUAAGUUAACACCAAACAACCAAAACAGUUUUUUCCCUUAGCAUUUCAAGGAGAAUAUGGACUGACUUAAGCCCUUAAAAGCACAGGCAUGGGUCGGAGAGGCCCAAAAUCAACAUGAGCUGAUUAGAACUGAAGUUUCAGAGAGAGAAUGGGAGGGUUCUGUGCUGUCCUUCCUCCUGAUCUCAUGCUCAAAGUAUUAUGCAUCUUUUUUACACAGGUCGUCAUGCUUGCCCUGGAGAACAAUGGGCCAAACUAGAGCUCUUCCUCUUCUUCACCAGCCUCCUGCAGCAUUUCACCUUUCGCAUUCCUGAGAACUAUCCAAGGCCCAAGACUGAAAGAUUAUUUGCCCUAGCAGUUCAUCCAGCCCCUUUCCAGAUUUGUGCCAUUCCUAGAUGAUGUUUCCAAGCUUAGUAUAUCUAGCAAUCUAAGCAUCAACCUCAAAACUAUAGAGCAGAAACCAGGAACAGCAGUUUUUAAAAUUAAUAGAAAUAUUUAUGUAUUUCAUAAAACAGUAGUAUUCAUGAAAAAUAUCAGAGCGUUUUACAACAAUCAUAUGUAAAAACAUUCAAUAAAAAUCAUAUAAAAUUUC